UGUCAAUACUCAAUCGUCAUACAAAAUUGUAAACAUUGCAUUUCUGUUUUAUAAUAAUUGCACAUGUUUUUAUUUAAAUCACAAUAAUGGCUAAAGAUCCACUGGAUGAACUAACCGAAUUUCUUAAACCGGAAUCAAGAAUCGACCUGAAACAUAUUUCUUUAGAUCACUUAUUAGGAGUAUCGGGAACCGACGAAGGAAUCAAGGUUUUACUCGGAAAGGAGCAAAUUAUCAAAAACAUUAUCGAUUUAACGAACGAUAGAAUAGAAGAAAUAAGCAAAAAUGCUCUUCUAUUACUAGUUAACGUGACUGCGAACGCGGAAGGUGCAUUGGAGCUGCUUAAAUACAAGCCAGACACGAAAAAAAAUAUAGUUGAAUUAUUUAUAGGUUAUGUCAUUGACCCCCAAAAAAAGAACGCAGAUGCAGUAUGUAUGAUCUUAUCAAACAUCACACGGGUGGAAGAAGCAUUGGACGUAUGUACAGAGACUUUUCUGCCGCAUCUAAACGAUAUUCUUAACAUAUUCGCUAACAUAGAUUACAACAAAGUCGGAUCCAAUUUGAACUACCUAGGACCGAUGUUUAGUAAUCUAAGCUGUAGUCCACGUAUACGCAAAUGGUUGACGGAAGAAAACCCGCACAUUCCUUUAAUAAAGCUCCUCCCAUUUUGUAAUUACAAACAAUCAAACAUACGACGUGGCGGCGCUAUCGGUGUUUUACGAAAUAUAUCAUUCGACACAUCAUACCACAACUUUCUACUAUCAAGCGAUUUAGAUCUACUAACGUACUUACUGACGCCUAUAAUCGGCAAUGAAGACUACCCAGAUGACGAGAUGGACGCACUACCGAUAGCACUACAAUACUUACCAAAGGAAAAAGAACGUGACAUCGACAUUGAUAUUCGCAAAAUGGUUUUGGAGACGCUUAACAAGUUGUCUGCGACGAAGCAUGGAAGGGAGGUACUACGAAAUAAUGGCGUGUAUUACAUAUUACGAGAAUAUCACAAAUGGGAAAAGGAUCCGAAAGUUUUGCUCGCUUGCGAAAAUGUGGUAGAUAUUUUAAUACAAAAGGAGGAGGAAGUAGGGGCAGAUGAUUUAUCUAAAGUGGAUGUACCCGAGGACAUGAAGGAAAAAUUUGUAAAUAUGGAUGAAGAUUACAUUAAAGAUGUGCAGUGUAGUUAGUAUAAUUAUGAUAAUUUAAAUAUAGGAUAAUACAGAUGAUAUAUUUUAAAUUUUAUACUAUUGCUUCUCUAGUAGGGUUUGUAAAUUUUGUUAUGAA